GAAGCUUAUGGCGCAUUACUCUCAAAAAAAAAAAACCUGUGGCGCAUCCACACCAAACCCGCCUUCAGGGUUCCCCUUCCGCGGCUCGAAAGCCUCCUGUAGUUUCAAGUUCCGCCGGGCAAUACUCAAGGUACUCGCUAAUUUCCGCCGGCCACGCCGCAAUGGCGCCAGGUGCUCCGCAAGAGGAUGUCCUUGGAGGGGGCGAAGCGGUGCAGGACGAAGCGCCCCAGUCACCACAGGAACGGGAAGACGCGGGGCUGAGAGAAGAGGAUGGCGGCGUCGAGGAAGCCGACGACGAGGAGGAGGCUCCCAGUCACCUCCCGUUCGCGCCAUCUUCCGAGCUGCUUGAUGACACGACAACAGUUGAUCCCAGCUACACUAUCUCCCUUAUACGGCAGCUACUACCCCAGGGUUCCAAUGUGGAGAAAGAGUUCAGUGUGAAGCAAGGUGUCCCGGAAGAGAAGGAUGCAAAUUAUGGUAAUGGGGAACCAGCAAAACCAGGUUAUAAGGAUCCAUGGGAAGAGUGUGGUUGCAUUCUGUGGGACCUUGCAGCUAGUAAACCUCAAGCAGAACUGAUGAUGAACAAUCUUGUACUUGAAGUGCUUUUGGCAAACCUCCAUGUGACUCAAUCCCCUAGAGUAAAGGAAAUCUGUCUUGGAAUCCUGGGAAACCUAGCUUGUCAUGAAUCUCUAGUUAAUGCUAUCAGCCUGCACAAUGGUUUGACUGCUACGGUUGUGGAUCAGCUAUUUCUAGACGACUCUGCUUGCCUUUCUGAAAUAUUCAGGUUUUUGGCUGCUGUUCUACGUACCAGUGUGUCUGUUUCUUGGGCUGAAGCUCUUUUACCUGAUGAAAUUCUUUCACGUAUUCUGUGGAUAGUUGGAAACACACUAAAUUCUACGUUGCUUGAGAAGGUCAUAGACUUUCUGUCAACUGUCAUUGAUAAUCAAGAUGUGACUGCCAUUCUUCUUCAGCCAUUGAUAAAAGUGGGUUUGAUUAACCACAUUAUCAGUCUGUUAGCAAGUGAGAUUGAGAAGUUAUCAAAUGAGGGUAAAUUAGACAGGUCAGAUUCUCUUGAUUUGAUCCUUAAUUUCAUUGAAGAAUUAUCUGCCAUAGACAGCUGUUCAGGAAUGAUGUCACAAAGUGAUCAGCUGAUUCAAGUGCUUGAAAGCAUAGUUAAGUUACCUGAUAAAUUUGAGGUUACAAGUUAUUGCGCUUCUGUGGUUAUCGUAUUAGCAAAUAUUUUGUCAGAUGGAAAGCAUAUUGUGCCUAGGCUCUCUCACGAUUUACCCUUCCUGGAGGGCCUCUUUGACAUUCUUCCACUGGUCUCUGAUGAUAAUCAAGCCCGGAACGCUCUCUGGUGUAUCUUAGCAUGUUUGCUGGCACAAGCACAACAAAUCGAUAUGACCCCUUCAUCUCUCGAGCAAUUUGUAUCUCUAUUGCUUGGCAGGUUCACACACAUUAAAGAUGACCUUGAAAGCCACAGAGUUGACAAAAAGGAGUUGUCAGCUGAGGAUGCUUACUUGAAGCAUGGGGUAUCCGCAUCUCUUAGGGCGAUCUGCUGUGUCAUGGAGAGGUGGAUUGCGGAGAAGUCCUCCCUGGGCGAAGAAGCAGCCUCAGUGACUGAAAGCACCCUUGAAGAUGCUACACGUCUUCUGAACUACUGCCAGAAUUAUGAUCUGUAGCUUGCUUACUGCAACUUUAGUGGACAUAGCUGACCUGUGAGUGUGGUGAGGUUGCAAUCCGCGGCUGCUUAACCGUAGAAAGUCUUUUAAGUACUAAUGUUGCUGUAGAGGACAACAGUGCUAUGGAGUACUCAAUUGUUAAGCUAGUUUGUAACAUUUAUAUGUCAAUCAGCAUUGCUGUUGCCUGCAGUAUGGGAUAUGGGGGGUAUAUU